CGCUACUUGCGGCUGGUUAAGAAUUUUACAACUUCGAAAGACGUAAAUAGUUGUAUAUAUCCCAUUAUUUAUUUUGGAUAUUUAUUUACCCUGAUAGUUGUUUGAACAAUUCUCUAUGAUGUUUUCCUAGGUGACAAGAUCAUAGCACCAGAUAUGAUCAGGUUAUGUGUGACCAGGUAUGUAGAUGUUGACACGGUUAUCCGAAAAAUAAAAGUGGCGGAGUAACCUAGAUUUGAAUUCACCUGGAUUGAGACAACAAUUGAGAAUGUUCUUGAAGAAAAAGAAGAAGCCCCAAAUAUCGCCCCCAACAAACUUUGAACACAGGGUGCACACAGGUUUCGACAAACGCGAAGGCAAAUAUGUAGGCCUGCCGCUUCAGUGGGCCUCCAUUGUGGGUAAUAAUCAAAUACUGAAAUCGACUAACCGUCCCUUACCUCUUGUUGAUCCUUCGGAGAUCACACCAACUGAAAUAUUGGAUUUAAAAACAAUUGUACGAGGUGACCAUAAAUCUGAGCAUAGGCUGAGCCAAUCACACAAACUGAAUAAUGCGAAUACUUCAAAUGGUAUUGUUCUUCCUAAGACUUCAAAUGUUGCAAGGUCCAAUAGUCUAAGAUCCUCUAGUCCACCAAGACUGAGGAGAGAUCACAGAAACAACACAAAUGUUCCACCAGCUGUUCCCGAAGAACAAGUUAUGCAGUAUCCAAGCAUUAGAAGGGAUCCCAGUGUUAGUAAACCACAAGUCCUGGAUAAUUCUAAUUCUCACAUUGAAAAACCUUCAGUUAAUCAGGAAGUUGCUAUGACUCUUCAUAUGAAUGGAAAUAUACCAGAGCCCUAUACAAGUUAUGGACGAGACCCUAUACAGGUAUCUCCGGCUGGAAGUAUGGCAUCAGGAGGCCCGCCUCAGUUACCAAUUCAUACUCAAAUGGGUACUCAUCAUUCUCAUUCAAGUCAUGGUAGUCACAGUAGUGGCUCUCAUUCGAGUAUACCACAGACAUAUCCUAGGCCAGAUCAAAAUCAAAAUGUGAAAAACAGCAAUCAUUUUCCGAGCCCUGCCCCUCCUCCACCUGUAAUUACACAGUCUACAGCUAGUAAACACCAUGAACAACGAUUAACACAUGAACAGUUUCGUGCUGCUUUACAAAUGGUGGUUUCCUCCAAAGAUCCAAGGGAAAAUCUUGAGCAGUUUGUGAAAAUUGGUGAAGGUUCAACUGGUACAGUUUGUAUAGCUCGUGAUAGAAGCACAGGUAGACAGGUAGCAGUUAAAAAAAUGGAUCUCAGGAAACAGCAAAGAAGAGAACUAUUGUUCAAUGAAGUUGUUAUAAUGAGGGAUUAUCAUCACCCUAAUAUUGUUGAAAUGUUUGAUAGUUACCUCGUUGAUGAUGAGCUUUGGGUUGUGAUGGAAUUUUUGGAAGGUGGAGCAUUAACAGAUAUUGUAACACACUCUAGAAUGGAUGAGGAACAAAUAGCAACUGUGUGUAAGCAGUGUUUGAAAGCUUUAGCUUAUUUACAUUCGCAAGGUGUUAUCCACAGAGAUAUAAAAUCAGAUUCUAUUCUUUUGGCUCCUGAUGGAAGAGUAAAACUUUCAGAUUUUGGCUUUUGUGCUCAGGUAUCUCAAGAGCUCCCAAAAAGAAAGUCGUUAGUCGGAACUCCAUAUUGGAUGUCUCCAGAGGUUAUUUCUAGACUUCCUUAUGGUCCAGAAGUGGAUAUAUGGUCCCUUGGUAUCAUGGUUAUUGAAAUGGUUGAUGGUGAGCCACCAUUUUUCAAUGAACCUCCUCUUCAAGCAAUGAGAAGAAUAAGGGAACUUCCACCUCCCAAACUAAAGAACAUACACAAAGUUUCACCUCGUCUCCAGACCUUCUUAGAUAGAAUGUUGGUAAGGGAUCCUACCCAACGUGCGUCAGCGCAAGAACUCCUCUCACAUCCCUUCUUAAGACAAGCUGGACCACCAGCUCUUCUGGUUCCCUUGAUGAGAGGAGUAAAACAUUCAAAUUAUUGAAAUAGGUCAAUUUUAAAUUUGCUUAUUUGCAUUAAUAUUCCUUCUCGUGAAAAGUGGGUGAAAAUAAGUACCAAAGUUUCUUGAAAUUAAGAGCUGGAAAUAUUGUUAAGAAUUAUUUAAGGAUUGGUCAAUUUACAGUUGUAUGUUCAGAUUUUAUUUGAAUUGGUUCAUCGUUUAAUUCACAGAAACAAUCAGCUUGUUUGCAUGAGUUAACAAUUAGAAAUUGUAGAUCAGGAUCCAAUAACUUAUUUGUAAUUAUGAUAUGAUAUUUACCUGUAAAUAUGCUCCUUUUGCAGCUUAGUACUUAAAUCUUGAAGAAUUGUAGACAAUUUUCUGUUUGAUCGUCUUCAUUUUUUAAAGCAAAGCAGUGACGUUUCAUUCUGAAAAUUUGAGAUGAUAAAACUUAAGAAUUCAAGGACUGUUUGAAAAAUCAUAAUCGGUUUAACUUGAUGAAUUUGUGAAUCAUUAACAAAUAUAUUCAUGACAGAACUCAGUUUGAGUUGACUAAAUCAUUUCUCAGUUCAGAGAUUAUUUUGACAUUGAAAUUAUCUAGCAGUAUUAUAGUUUAGAAUAUUGCCGUCCAUUAUUGUGCCUUAAGCUUUGAGGUGAGCAUUUGAAUUUAAGAUUCCUUAUUGAAUUACUGAAGAAGUGUGACUUAUAGUGAUUGAUAUUUUAAAAUUUCAUAGGAUUGAACCAACUUGAAUGGUAGUUGAUUUCAUAUAUUCAUAUCAUAUCAUUAAAAAUUGUAAAAUUAUUAUACCAUUAUAUAUAUACCAUAAUUUUGAAAGAAUUGAUUAUACAAAUUGUAUCAUAUAUUGUUGUUGAAAAGUAGCUAAUUUGCAGCUCUGUAUGUAAUUUGUUAUCAAACUGAUUGCACUAUAUAAAAAAGUGUUAUAAUACACUCAUAUUUUUAUUA